AUGAUCCGCAACGCAACUCCAGCAGACCUUCCCCAGAUCCGCGCCAUCAACACUCACUACAUCCUCAACACAGUGCUCACCUUCAUGCAAACCCCACCACCACCGGGUGCCAUCCUCACAAAAUACAACGAGAUCAAAACACACGGUUUGCCUUACUUUGUUGCUGUUGACGACGAACUCAAAUAUGAGGACAGCUCCGGUCUCAUCCUCGGAUAUGCCUAUCUCUCGCCUUACCGGGGCCACAUGCUCUCCUACGCUUCGACCGUAGAGCUCACGCUCUUUGUUCAUCCGGAGCACCAGUCGAAAGCGGUGGGUUCGAAGCUUCUUGCUGCAAUUCUAAAGGCAGCAGAAUCUGGGUUUCUGUAUCACUGUCACGUCUAUGAGUCUACGGGAUCUGAUGAAGAUCAAAGAACAGUCUUUGCCGGGGACAAUGAAAUGGGUGUCCCAGUAAGGAAUAUAUUGGCUGUUAUGGCAGUUGAUCCUAACGGUCCGGAUGGCGGUGAUGCUUUACGGAGAUGGUAUAUAACCCGGGGAUUUGUGGAAAGGGGGAGGUUGGAGAAGAUCGGGUUUAAGAAUGGGCUAUGUAUGAGGUUGAACCAAAGGAUCAAUAAUCGUAACCCCAACCCCAACCCCAACCCUAUGAACUGGCAUCACGAGGAUUGGGCAUCGAUGCGGUUUUUAGUUGGCGCGCACAACGCAAGUGGCUGGCUCAGAUCGAAUGUCCUGCUUACUCUAUUCCUGAGUAAAGAUUGACUAAGUUGCUCGCCCAGUCUUGCGAUCCCGACUCCAGAUCUGACGGCCGGCAUGGUCAGGAGAUAGCACACACAACGGUAUACCGAGCCCAUGUCUGUAGAUAUCAUAG